UUUUUUUUAACUCGCCAACAUAUUUAUGCUUCCUGCUUUAUUGGCAACCUUAAUUUAGAUUCCGCCUCAGCUCACAAAUAUCUUGGCGUUCACUUACCUCACGACCUUUACUGGAAAACUUAUGAACAGCAUCAUUCCCUAUUCUAACCGCACUCUUGGUUUUCUAUACCGCAGUCUUCGUCCGGAGUCCUCAUUUGUUAAACGCCUCGCGUACGUCACGUUAGUACGCCCAAAAUUAGAAUUUGCAUCACCAGUCUGGGACUCUCAUCUUAAAUACCUUGCAUCUGACAUGGAGCCACUUCAGAACCAUGCACAGCUCGCUUUAUAACGUCUGAGUACUCUAGGUUCUCUCCCGUCACUGAACUUUAAAAAAACAAAAAAAAAAUCUUGUCUUGGACUUGUAUAUGUUCACGCGGGCGUAGUGCUCAAUUGUGUCUAUUUCCCAGGUUUUAUUACGAUGACCACCUUCCUACAUAGCUCAUUCAUCUUGCCACCUCAUCGCAUUCUCGCUCGUGCUGAUCACCCUGCAAAAGUUGGCCUUCUUUUUAACCGAUAAAUAGCAUUCUUUAAAUUAUUUAAUUAAUUUUUCCCAGCAACAGCUGUGGACUUGAAUGGCCGGCCUGAAUUCAUCGUUUCACUCAAGACAUCCACUCCUUCCGAAAAUUGUUAACACCACAUUUUCUGUAAACCAACUUGUGUAAUACCCUGACUCUAGGGUUCUUAAUGUAUUUAAAUAAAUAAAUAUAUCCAUACUCCAUGCCGUACACAAAAAGCCCUGCUUUUUAAAUAGGUGAGGAAUGCCUGAAUUUUGAAUAAGAUCUAAGCGUCACCUGCUCAACUGGCUAAGAUUGUCAACAAACCAGGAUGACUAUCUUCGACUGGACAGGAUGAAAGAUUUGCGUCCUGCAUUUUCAGCUCCGCUACCCUCCAGCGAUGCUGAUCAUGCUGGUCAUUGUGGCACCUGCGGCUCUGCUGCUCAUGGCCUCUUCAGCAGCGGCAACGCCUAUCAUGAGCUACGCACUUGCUCCACGAUGUGCAGACUCUCACAACUACAAGGUCGUGUGCUACUACGGCUCGUGGGCGGUUUACCGGCCGGGAGACGGCAAGUACCCCGUGGAGAACAUCGACCCGCACCUCUGCACCCAUCUGGUGUACGCGUUCGCGGGCCUGAGCAGCGACCACAAAAUUCGCAGCCUGGACUCCUGGAACGACCUCGAGGAGAACAACGGCAAAGGAGCUUUCAAGAGGUUCACUGCACUGAAGAAGCAGAACCCCAAGUUAAAGACCUUGAUCGCCAUCGGCGGCUGGAACGAAGGAUCGGUCAAGUACUCGGCCAUGGCCAUGUGCCGGUCAACCCGCAAGACAUUCAUAGACAGCGUGGUAGACUUCUGCAAGAAGUACGACUUCGACGGCCUUGACAUGGACUGGGAGUACCCGGGCUCCAGGGGAGGUGUCGAUGCCGACAAGGCCAACUUCGUCGAGCUGCUAAAGGAGCUGAGUGAAGAGUUCAAGCCGUACGGGCUCCUCCUCACGGCGGCGGUGGCGGCAGGAAAACACUUCAUGGACAAGGCGUACGACGUGCCUCAGGUAUCAAGGUACCUGGAUCUCCUCCACGUGAUGACGUACGACUUCCACGGAACUUGGGAGAAGAAGACGGGCCACCACACACCCCUGUACUCUCGACCCGAAGAGCCGGCGGCCGAAUACAUCCUCAACCUGAACUUCUCGGUGCACUACUGGAUCUCCCAAGGAGCUGCUCGGGAGAAGAUGGUGCUGGGCAUGGGCCUGUACGGGAGAGCCUUCACGCUGCAGAGAGCGGAGGACCACUACCCGGGAGCCCCGGCCCCGGAGCCGGGCACGGCUGGACCCUUCACCCGAGAACCGGGGUCUCUCGGAUACAACGAGGUAACAAGUCUUCACCGGGCGUACGCACCGCAUUGCAGUGAUAAAUAUAUAAAAUGGGUAACAAUGGCAUAG